UCCCUGAGUAUCUGGAGCCAGGAAAGAAGCAUGAGGUGGCUUGUGCUCCUCGGGCUGGUGGCCUUCUCAGAGUGUAUAGUCAAAAUACCUCUAAGGAGAGUGAAGACCAUGAGAAAAAACCCCAGUGGAAAAAAUAUGAUGAACAAUUUCCUGAAGGAGCAUGCUUACAGACUGUCCCAGAUUUCUUUUCGUGGCUUAAAUCUAACUCACCCACUGAGCAACUACAUUGAUAUGCUCUACAUGGGUAACAUCACCAUUGGAACACCCCCUCAGGAAUUCCAGGUUGUCUUUGACACAGGCUCAUCUGACUUGUGGGUGCCCUCCAGCUUUUGCACCAUACUAGCCUGUGCUACACAGGCUAGGUUCAGACAUCUUCAGUCUUCCACCUUCCGGCUUACCAAUAGGACCUUCCGUAUCACCUAUGGAUCUGGGGGCCUGAAAGGAGUUGUUGCUCAUGACACAGUUCGGAUUGGGAACCUUGUAAGUACUGACCAGCCGUUUGGUCUAACCCUGAAGGAAUACGGGUUUGCGCAUAUAACUUUUGAUGGUGUCUUGGGCUUGAACUACCCCAACAUAUCCUAUUCUGGAGCAAUCCCCAUCUUUGACAAGCUGAAGAAUGAAGGUGCCAUUUCGGAGCCUGUUUUCGCCUUCUACUUGAGCAAAGACGAGCAGGAGGGCAGUGUGGUGAUGUUUGGUGGGGUGGACCACCGCUACUACAAGGGAGAGCUCAACUGGAUACCACUGACCAAAGCAGGUGACUGGAUUAUACGCCUGGAUAGCAUCUCCAUUAAAAGAAAGGUUAUUGCUUGUUCUGGUGACUGUGAGGCCGUUGUUGACACCGGGGCAACAUAUAUCGGAGGCCCAAGAACACUGGUCAAUAAAAUACAGAAGCUCAUCGGUGCCAGGCGACGGGGUAACAAGUACACCAUUUCAUGUUCUAAGAUCAAUACCCUGCCCUCUGUUACCUUCACAAUCAACGGCAUCAACUACCCAAUGCCAGGUCCAGCCUACAUCCUCAAGGAUAAUGCAGGCCGCUGCUGUACCACCUUUCAAGAGAACAGAGUAAGACUAUCUACAGAGUCCUGGUUCCUGGGAAACGUCUUCCUGAGGGUGUAUUUCUCGGUCUUUGAUAGAGGAAAUGACAGGAUUGGCCUGGCACCGGCAGUGUAAAUGCUUGGAGUGGUUCAGGAAUCAGUAAGGAUGCUCCUAACACUCACCAACUCACACUUUGGGCACCACUGCC